CAGGGGGCAGGCUAAGGAGAGGGGUAGGUGCUGAAAGUUUUUUGGAGACUAAGGGAGUCAGUGAGUACACCCUGGCCAGCACUUUCCCUCUCUUUUUCCCUUUUUCAAUGAGGUAUUCCAGUUUUCUUUCCACUUGGUAAGGACCCAGGAAAUGGACAACGUGGAGCUGUUUGAUGCUGGGGAGAAAGGCAAGGGCCUAAGGACCACCAAGGACCUCAAGGCUGGGGAGGUGGUGUUCACUGAGCCCAGCUUCGCUGCAGUGGUCUUCGACAGUCUAUCACAGCAGGUGUGUCACAACUGCUUUCGUCGUCAGGUCAACCUUCAUCGCUGCGCCCAGUGUAAGUUUGCCCAUUACUGUGACCGCACCUGCCAGACUGCAUGCUGGGACGAGCACAAACAGGAAUGCGCCGCCAUCAGGAACAAAGGAAAGGCUCCCAAUGAGAAUGUUCGUCUGGCAGCACGUGUGCUGUGGCGUGUGCAGAAGGACACAGGCAUCGUGUCGGACAGCCAGCUGAUCUCUGUGGAUCAGCUGCAGGACCACUUGGCCGACAUGUCCACCGACAGCCUGAAGGAGCUCAAGAUCAACGUGCAGAACUUCUUGGACUACUGUCCCAAUACUAAGCACGGAUCAGAAUACAUCUCACACAUCUUCGGCAUAAUCAACUGUAAUGGUUUUACUCUGAGUGACCAGCGGGGCCUGCAGGCAGUGGGAGUGGGUCUGUUCCCUAACCUGUGUCUUGUCAACCAUGACUGCUGGCCCAACUGCACCAUCAUCCUCAACCAUGGCAAUCAGUCGUCUCUGAACGCCACCUUACACUCUAAGAAGAGGAUUGAGCUGCGUGCCCUGGGUAAGAUUGCAGAGAACGAGGAGCUGACAGUGAGCUACGUGGACUUCCUCAAUGUGUCAGCGGACCGCCAGCGUGCCCUAAAGCACCAGUACCACUUUGACUGCAUGUGCAAAAGCUGCAGUGAGCACUUUAAGGAUGAUCUAAAGAUGGCUGCCAAGGAGACAGACGGAAAGAAGCCCUCUGAUGAGCUGGUUAAAGAGGUACAGAAGUACAGUUUGGAGUGCCUGGCCAAGAUUGAGGCGGCUCGCGCUGCAAGCAACUUUAAUGAGGUGGUAAAGCUGUCCCGGGAGUGUCUGGAGAAACAGGAGCCGGUGUUGGGUGAUACACACCUGUACAAACUGCGUGUGCUGAGUGUAGCCAGUGAAGUGCUGUCCUACCAGCAUAACUUCUCGGAGGCUGCAGGAUACGCACGCAGGAUGGUGGAGGGAUACACUAAGUUGUUCCACCCCAACAACGCCCAGUUGGGCAUGGCCAUCAUGCGGGCUGGCGUGACCCACUGGCACGCAGGGCUCAUCGAGGUUGGCCAUGGCAUGAUCUGCAAGGCCUACGCCAUCCUGAUGAUCACCCACGGAGCAACCCAUCCCAUCACCCAGGACCUUGAGUCAAUCCGUAUGCAGACGGAGAUGGAGCUGAAGAUGUUCAAGAAGAAUGAGAAUGACUACCACAGCAUGAGAGAAGCUGCCUUGCAGAACAAGCCCACGGGGAAAAUGACAGCAUCACUAAGUGGAGAGGCCAAUGUCAAGGCACUCUCCUAUAAGCAGUAACCUUCUGUAAAACACUUCAUUCUGUACCAUUGUAAUUCAACAGUCAGCUGUUUCUAGGCUGUGGCCAAACAAUCGUACAACAUUUUACUUUGACCAGUGUAACCUGCCUUUAACAGCUAUUGUAGUAAAAUGUAAGCAGUAAAACACAUUAGCAUUGAGUGACACCUUUGAACUACAGUACAAGGGGCCUCAUUUACAGCUAGCUGUAAGGCAUGAAGUAUGUAACAUAGCAAGGUAUGAAGUUAAUAAACAGAGUCAACAAGUUAAA